AUGGUGGACCCCGCGCCCGUGCCAGGCGAAGGCCCCGAGACGCUGAGCCUCGGCGACCGCCUGCUGCUGCUGCUGACCAUCCUGCUGUUCCUGUCGCUGAGCGCGGUGUCCGGGCGCGUCCUGUACCGGCAGUACGCGGCCAAACGCAAGCGCCUCUCCAGCGCCGCGUCCCCCGCCGCCAACGAGGCUCCGGGGCCCGUUCCAGCGGGCAAAGCGCCGUACUCGGCCGUGCCACAGGCCCCUCAAGCCUCUGUGAACGUCGUCGGAGGCUCCGAGUCCGCGCUGAUGGAGGAGGAGGGCGCCGCAGCCGCGUCCACGGGCUCCGAGAUGCGUCAGAGACUCUACCUGCUGCUGUUCGUGGCGUCCACGCUGCGCGUGUGCUCGCUGGUCACAGAAGUGGCGACGCUGGAGAAGGUGGCGGCCCUGCCGUCCACCUCCGUGUACUGCAAGCUGCUGACGCUGUUCCUGUGGCUGCCGUCCAUGCUGUUCGUGUCCAUGUACGGACUCGUGCUGCUCUUCUGGGCGCAGCUGUGCUACGCCUGCUGGGGCAAGGCACACCCGUGGCCUCGCCGCGUCUUCUUCCUCUUCAACGUGCUACUCUACGUGGGCUUUGCGCUGCUGUUCGCGCUGUCGAGCACGUCGGCGGGACUCUGGAGGGGCUGCGACUUGCUGCAAGGCGGAGUCUACUUCGUGGGGCUGUUCGGUAUCCUGUACUACAGCAUUCGGCUCAUCGACUUCUUCCGUAACCAGAGCCCAGAUGAAGAUUUCUUCUUCGACUUGUCUUCACCCAGGCAACUCGUGCUGCGCAGGAUCACGGCCGUGUGCAUCCUGCUCUGCGUCCUGUUCGCGGUGAAGGCCGUGUACUUGAUCGGCAUGGGCACGGGAUACAUGGAAUCGGAGGAGUCCCAGUACCGUACUCCCGUGGGUGUCCACCACAUUGCGUACGAGUUUACCAUCCACUUUUCGACCGAGUUCGUCCCCAGCGCACUGUUGCUGUUCUUCACGCGCCAGGACAAGAAUUCGUCAGCGCAGCGGCAACGCCUGCGUACGUCGUCUGCCACCUCAGCCUCCGCAUCCUUGUCUGGCGGUAGCUAUGGCGCAAACAACCCUCGUGACAAGCCCCCGACGCCCAACUACGCCUACGCACCUCUUCGCGGUGGCGGACACGGUCUUGCACCAGGUCAACACUACCAGGAAGACGCCGUGCCGAUGCUCUCUGGGUAUCAAUACCAGGCGACGCAGCGGGCGUAUGGUUCGACGAGCACAACGUCUACCACGUCAGCAAACCUGCGUUCGAGCAACAGCAGUGGGGCCUUCCUGCUCGAUAGCAUCAGUGGAAGUGCAUUCGGCAGUGCAGGCCCAAACACUGGCUCGAACGCAAAAAUGGCGUACCAUUGA